AAACCCUGAUACACACAAGUCAAACGCGAAUGCUAUCUUCCCUUCACUGCUGCAGACGACUGUUAUAUCUCCGCCGCAUUUCAUCCCCGCCGUACAAGCCUCAAUCUCGCCUCCAGUUCAGUUCAUUUCCGGAGAUGGGCAAACCCGGGGCCAAAUCAGACGCCAAGGCCUCUCCUUCCUUCUCCAAAGAUGACGCGUAUCUCACCUCGGUGAUUCCUCGACGAAUCGCACUUUUCGAAUCAAUUAAAGCUGAACAAAUCAAGCACCGCGAAUCUAUCGCCGGCGAAGCCAUCAAGGUGACUUUGCCGGAUGGGACAGUGAAGGAGGGGAAGAAAUGGAUGUCGACUCCCUUUGAUAUUGCAAAGGAGAUAUCAAAGAGUUUGGCAUCAAAUUCGUUGAUUUCACAAGUGAAUGGAGUGUUAUGGGAUAUGUCUAGGCCACUUGAAGGUGACUGUGAGCUGAAACUAUUUUCUUUUGAUACUGAUGAAGGUAGAGAUACAUUUUGGCACUCAAGUGCGCACAUCUUAGGGCAGUCUCUUGAGAUGACUUAUGGAUGCAAACUGUGUAUUGGGCCAUGUACCACAAGAGGAGAGGGUUUCUAUUAUGAUGCACAUUAUGGUGAGAUGAGCUUGAAUGAAGAGCAUUUUGAGCAGAUUGCCUCAGGGGCAAAGAAAGCUGCUGCGGAGAAGCAGCCUUUUGAGCGAAUUGAAGUUUCAAGGAAGCAGGCGCUUGAUAUGUUUUCUGAGAAUAAAUUUAAGGUUGAAAUCAUCAAUGAUCUACCUGAGGAUAAAACUAUUACAGUAUACAGAUGUGGCCCUUUAGUUGAUUUAUGUCGUGGACCACAUAUACCAAAUACAGCUUAUGUCAAGGCUUUUGCUUGUUUGAAGGCCUCAUCAGCCUAUUGGCGGGGUAACAAAGAUCGGGAAAGCUUACAAAGAGUUUAUGGGAUAUCUUAUCCAGACCAAAAACGUUUAAAGGAAUACAUUUCCCUACUGGAAGAAGCUAAGAAAUAUGAUCAUAGAGAAUUGACUAAAAAGCAGGAGCUGUUUUUCUUUCACCCACUAAGUCCUGGAAGCUGUUUCUUUCUGCCACACGGUGCCCGAAUCUGCAAUAAAUUGUUGGAGUUCAUGCGGUCUCAGUAUUGGAAAAGAGGCUAUGAAGAAGUUUGGAGUCCUAAUAUGUACAAUAUGCAACUGUGGGAGACAUCUGGUCAUGCUGCAAACUACAAGGAUAAUAUGUUUGUGUUUGAUAUUGAGAAACAGCCGUAUGGACUUAAGCCAAUGAAUUGCCCAGGACACUGUCUCAUAUUUGAUCAUAGAGUUCGUUCAUACAGGGAACUUCCUCUUCGUUUGGCUGAUUUUGGAGUUUUGCAUAGAAACGAGGCCAGUGGCGCCCUUACUGGAUUGACUCGUGUGAGGAGGUUUCAGCAGGAUGAUGCUCAUAUUUUUUGCAGGGAAUCCCAGAUAAAAGAUGAAGUCAGGGGCGUUCUUGAAUUCAUUAAAUACACCUAUGAUGUAUUUGGCUUUAGUUUUGAGCUGAAGCUUUCGACGAGGCCAGAAAAGUAUCUUGGCGAUUUGGAAACUUGGGAAAAAGCUGAAGCUUCGCUUACUGAAGCGUUGAACGAGUUUGGUAAAGAUUGGCAGAUUGAUGAAGGGGAUGGGGCAUUUUAUGGGCCAAAGAUUGAUAUCAGUGUCUCUGAUGCCAUGAAAAGAAAGUUUCAGUGUGCUACCUUACAGCUAGACUUUCAACUCCCCUCUCGCUUCAACUUGUCUUACUCGGCUGAAGAUGAAAGCAAGAGGGAGAGGCCUGUUAUGAUACACAGGGCUAUUCUUGGGUCUGUUGAACGUAUGUUUGCCAUACUGCUUGAGCAUUACAAGGGAAAAUGGCCUUUGUGGCUAAGUCCACGUCAAGCAAUUGUUGUUUCAGUUUCAGAGAAAUCACAGUCGUAUGCUUUAGAGGUGAAGGACAAGAUUCAUGACGCUGGUUAUUAUAUAGAUGUUGAUGUGAGUGAUAGGACAAUGAACAAAAAGGUACGUGAAGCUCAAUUAGCACAGUACAACUACAUACUGGUGGUUGGCGAGGGGGAGAGCAAGAACGGAAAGGUAAGCGUAAGAGUGAGAGAUGAUGACAAGUUUAAAGAGUAUGGCUUAGAGGACCUCCUUGCACACUUCAAGAAAGAGGUUGAUUUAUUUCACUAGUGUUGUGCUUCUUCACUGAUACAGCCAUACAGGAUACAAAUAUGAAAUUGUUAUUUAAUGAUUAAUACAUUUACCUCAUUUGGAUCCAAUUGACUCAAAGAAAUAGUGCGUUGCUUUCAUAGUGUCACUAUUUGUCUAUUACACGGCUCAUGAAUUUUGUGUU